UUCCAUAGCCCACUGGCUAUGUGCGGCACUGGAGAUGCCUUUGGCUUGAUGACCAAGGCUUAGUUAAACCAUCCACCGCGGUAAUUAUAAUGGCAAUGGUUGGCAUGCACAACUACGCACAUACGCGCCAUGAGCGCGACAAUUCUAACCAUCCUUUACCCGUGCGAAGACCGUCAGUUGCCCUGCCGAUUCAUAUGGUAGACGACAAUCUGGUGACCUACCACACGUCACAGGGGUGGGUGGGUGGGGGAGGGGGAGGACGAACAGGAGCAGCAGCAGCAGCAGCAGCAGGAGGAGGAGGAGGAGGAGGAGGAGGAGGUGACUCUGCUCUCUCUCUCUCUCGCAAGCAGCAGCGCACGAAGCAUAGAGUCGGGAUCUCCUGCGAGAAGACCCUCGGUCGCAAUUACGGAGAGUCGGGAUCUUGCGCUUAUCUCACGCCGGUGAGACGAGGGGGAGGAGGAGUAGGAGGAGGAGGAGGAGGGGGAGGCGCGGCGGCGCAUUACGCAGACCAGGGGAGGACGAGCCUGGUCUGUUCACUGAGCCGCAGCAAGAGUGCUCAGCCUUGUCGAGACAGGGGAGGAGGAGGAGGAGGAGGAGGAGGAGGAGGAGGAGGAGGAGAGGAGAGAGGGAGAGGGAGAGGGGGGAAAGAUCAGCUGAGGAGGAGUCGCAGCGGCGGUUUUGCUAGAGAGGCAGAGAGGGGAGUAGAGGAGCCAGAAGGACGAUUAGGUAGCAGCUUGGGGCCUGAAAAGAGCGGAAGGAUAGAGAGAUUAGACGACAGAGAUUCGUGUAGAGGGGUAGCAGAGGAAAGAGCUGGAGCAGGAGGAGGAGGAGGAGGAGGAGGAGGAGGAGGAGGAGGAGUGGGAAGAAGAGGAAGCCCGAUGGGAUACGCCGUUCUUCCAGAUCGCGAUUCAAUCAUUGAGCGGAUCCGAGGAGGAGGGGGAGGAGGAGGAGGAGGAGGAGGAGGAGGUGGUGGUGAGGAUGCGUGGAGGGUUCUGCGGCAGAGUUACCUUGUCAGGACCCCUCGUCGUGCAACCACCCCUCUCCCUCCUCCCGUUGUGGCCGUAGCGAGAAAGAGAGGGGGAGGGAGUGCCUUUGACGACUCUCACCCGGAGACCGGUCCCUCCUCCUACGACCGGUCCGACGCUGCUACCGGGGAGUUUGCGCAGCAGGCGGCGAGGGAGGGGUGUCGGAUGGGAGGGGGGCUACGCUUAGGCAAUGGCCACGUCGAUCAUGAUAAUGAUUACGAUGAUGAUGAUGAUGAUGAUGAUGUUGUUGAUUUUGAUGACGAUGAUGAUGAUGAGGAGGAGGAGGAGGAGGAGGAAGAGGAGGAAGAGGAGGAGGAUGAAGACGAGGAGAUUAGAGAAAUGGAGGAUAUGGAGGGCGAGCGAGAGCAGCUUGGGCUGGGAUCCGGACCAGGUUCAUUUGCCGCGUCCGCUGCUGCUGCUGCUGCUUUGUCCGAUCCGCUGAGCAAGUUGUCCGCGGCAACCUAUCGGUAUCCCGACACCGAAGACGACAAUUGGCAGCAGGUGGGGUUGGGAUACCGACUGGCAGAGGAGGAGAGCGAGACACGCGGCCGGUGGGAGGACUGCAGCGAGUUGACCUGGGACGACGACGAGCUGCAAGACGAAAUUCUGUGGUCCCGACGUGGAGGAGGAGGAGGAGGAGGAGAAGGAGGAGGAGGAGGAGGAGGAGGAGGAGGAGGGGGGCAAGGAGGAGGAGAAAAGGAGAAAGAUCAUCAUGCGGCGGGAAGAAGAUCUGAUAACAACUUCGUCAGAGUCUGCGGCAGAGACGGAAAGAACGGCCGGAACGGGAUCCCGAUGUCGGUGUCGGGAGCGCACGCGUUUGCGAACGGCGACAGGAAAUUCAAUGCAGAUGGCGAUCGCGAUCGGGAUCGGGAUCGGGAUCCGGAUCGGGACAGGGAGCGAGACAGAGAGGGGGAGGAGCGGUCCACGUACAAGCUGGUGGUGGACGGACAGAUUGUGGAGGUGUUUCUCCAUGGGAGAAGGACGGAGAAGACGACGAGGAGGUGGAGAGUGAGUGGGCGGAGGGGGGAGGCGGAGAGCCUCAGUCUGAAGGAGUGGAUGAUACGACGAGCGGACAAGGAUAAGGAUAAGGAGAAGAGGCCUGAGGAUCGGGAUACGGACAGAGAUCAUAAGGGUAAGGAAAUCGAGAUUGAACUGCUUUAAAUUUCUGCAUCUGUGCGUCAAACACAUCCAGAUUCACGAG